AUGUCGAACUUCGUUAAAACGCGCGAUUCUGCGCUCAAUGCCAUUAAGCGAUAUAUGGCUAAGAGCACAGACGAAUGGGCUCGUUUCAAUACCGCUCAUGACGCGGUAGAACUCUCGUGCGGAAGUGAUAAUACAGAGGUCGAAGAAAAUGUGCGAAUUCAAGCCGAGACUUGGUAUUCUACGGCUGUAGCCAAUUUUAAUCGCGUACAGAAGUGUCGUACCGAAUCACACCCCUCGCCCGCUCAAAUGCCAGUGUCUGCAUCGAUACGUCUGCCCAAAAUGGAGCUGCCUACAUUCUCGGGUGACUCCACAGAAUGGAUUGGUGACGAGUUAAAAAUUAUAAGUGGCUUCAAAAUAUGUGACGCUAAUUACGAUGAAGCUUGGGACCUUUUGAAAUCGCGCUAUAAGGUCAUGCGGGUAAUAGUGGAAGGGCAUCUCAGAGCUAUAGCCGAUGUUAAAAAGGCUACUAGUGAUACUGCUGACACAAUAAAAAGUUUAAUCGACGCAUUUCAACAACACAUACGCGAACUUAAGGCUUUAGGUCGACCAGUAGAGUUUUGGGACGAUUGGUUGGUACACGAAGUAGUAAACAAAUUAGCAUUCGAGACGCGUAAACAGAUCUGCCAGCAACGUCAUCACACGCUGCUGCAUAAUGCCUCCUCUACAACUAACGUCACAACCACCGCUCAUUUUGUCUACAAUGCGUCUCCUGUCACGCCAUCCCCUCUCGCACCGAAUGCCGCACUACAAUCAAACGCAAACACUUCAUCCGCUAUCGCCUCGUCCACAGGCUCCGCUGCUGCAUGGACAUCCUCGUAUUUGAAUGCUAGCUCCAACCCGCCGCGUCCAAAAGACAGAACUGUGCUAUUGGCUACCGCCCUAGCCAAAGUCCGCGAUUGUUGUGGUCAUUGGCAAACCGCGCGCUUGCUGUUUGAUUCCGGCUCGCAUGCGUCCUUCGUAACUGAGGCAUGUGUACAACGUCUAGGUCUACCACGAAAAGCGUCCGCAGUAUCCAUUACUGGCAUCGGUUCGUUGCAAGGAGGCCGCUCUAGAGGUGAGGUAUUACUUUCAUUGUCGUCGUAUUGUUUAGAUGAAUGCUUCCCUAUCAACGCGUUAAUCUUACCCAAGAUUACAAGCGACUUGCCCACACAGACUUUGUCAGUUUUAGCGUGGCCGCAUGUGCAAGGCUUAUUCUUAGCCGAUCCGCAGUUCAUGAAACCCGGGCGUAUCGACAUUCUGGUUGGUAUGGACGUCAUGCAACAGCUCCUUUGCUCAGAAGUCCGUAAGGGUCCACCUGGUACGCCGAUGACUCAGCGCACUGUCUUUGGUUGGACGCUAUUUGGAAGCGUCGACGGAAUAGAACCUGCUGCACCUCGCCUACAGUCGCUGCACUGCGAUGUCCAGUUGGAUAGAGCUCUUACUAGACUGUGGGAGUUAGAAGAAGCUCCGCAAAAGACCCACCUCACAUACGAAGAGCGUCACUGCGAAGAACUCUUCGAAACAACGCACCAAAGAGCACCUGACGGUCGCUUUGUAGUUGAACUGCCGCUGAAGACCGACGUACUUCUGGGCGAUUCGCGAAGUUAUGCUGUCCAAAGCCUACUACGCAUCGAGAGGCGCCUUGCUCGGGACGACGACCUGCGGCUACGCUACAAUGAGUUCAUGCAGGAACUUCUCGACAUGAAUCAUAUGGAGCUCGCACCAGAAUCAACGAAUCAAAUGUUUUACAUGCCGCAUCACCCUGUUGUAAAGGAUUCGAGCGUUACCACUAAGCUGAGGGUCGUUUUCAACGCGUCGGCUAAAACGGCCACCGGAAAUUCGCUGAACGACGCAUUAUUUGUCGGUCCUCAACUGCAGCAGGACUUAUUUUCAAUUUUAACGCGUUUUAGAACGCAUCGCUAUGCACUCACCGCGGACAUUGCGAAAAUGUACCGCCAAAUAUGCGUAGCACCGAAGCACAUUGAUCUACAGCGAAUUGUAUGGCGUCGAGAUCCGAGUUUACCCAUACAAGACUAUCGUAUGCUGCGCGUAACUUACGGCGUGGCAGCCGCUUGUCAUCUAGCUGUGAGAUCGCUACAACAAACCGCAAAAUAUUCGCACAUUUGUGAGAAAGCUUCUGCUGUCAUCCACAAAGACUUUUACAUGGACGAUCUCAUCACUGGUACAUCGUCCAAAGAGCUGCUACUUUUACAGCAAAAUGUCUCCGAAAUCCUGAAAGAAGGUGGCUUCGAGCUUCGAAAGUGGGCAUCGCAUUGUGCGGAACUUUGCGAAAAAAUAUCAAAUGCAUCGAAAACAAUAUCUCACUACUUAGUCGACGGUGAGAAUGUCCACGCUUUGGGUCUAGUGUGGAAUACAGCAAAGGAUUACCUAACGUUCGUGGUUAAUUUGAAGAAGCCACCCGCUAUUUUAACGAAGAGAACCUUUCUAUCUGAUGCUAGCACGCUUUUCGAUCCUCUGGGACUGCUCGCUCCAGCGACGAUAAGAUCGAAAAUGUGGUUCCAGGAGAUUUGGCGUAACAAUGUUGGUUGGGAUGACGUCAUUCCUGACUCUACUGCAAUGAAGUGGUUGGCACAUCGCUCGGAGCUGCAACUUCUUUCGAACUUGAAGCGCAAAAAGGCCAAUCCCGCUUCGCAGCGGUCUUUUGCGCUUGCAACCAUACCUCGAUGA